GGGAUUCUCUCUUUUGGGAGAGCAGCAGUCAUUUCACGGGCUAGGUGCUAGAGACGCUGAGUCGAAGGGAGGAUAUGCGCUUCUUUGCGCUCAUGUUCAUGCGCCUGUCUGAGACCAGAAUACAUCUUACGUAGGGGCCAGAGACCGAAGUGGUCUGCUAAGCGAGAGGUCUUUACUUCAACUUCAACUUCCAUCGUAGGGGGGAAACUGUUUUCGGUGUUUUCGUCUUCGUUUAGAACAUGAAUCGAAUAGCGGGAAAGCGGGAUGACACCCUGAUAGAGGUUCAGUGUAGCGGUGAAGACAACAAUGGCUGCCGGUUACAAUCCUUUGGUGAGGAGGUUCCUGAGCAUGAACACAAUGGGGUGGACAAGCAACAGCAGAGCAAAGACUCUGUGUUCUUCAGAGACGGUGUGCGGCGGAUCGAUUUUGUCCUCUCCUACGUGGACGAUGAAGACAAAGACGGAGAGAAGAAGCAGGAGAGGAGAAAGGUGUAUGAGGCUAACCUCCAAGUGGCUGGACUUCAACUGGAGACAGAGGACAAAUCGGAGUCUGAGGAUGGCAAAACGUAUUUCCUGAAGAUCCACGCCCCCUGGGACGUGCUGGCCGAGCAUGCCGAGAUCCUGAAGAUCAAGGUGCCCUUCAAGGCCAGUGACAUCCCGGAGCACCGCGAUGUGCCCAUGUCCUGGCUCUUCACCCCGUUCCGCCUGCCCCCCCCCGUCAUGCACCCCGAGCCUGACUACUUCACCUCGCCCUUCGACAAGAACAAGACCGACUUCUUCCUCAUCGACGACAAGGACACAUUAUUCCCCCCAUCCACACGCAACAGGAUCGUUUAUUACAUCCUUUCCCGCCGCGCAUACCAAAACAUUGACUGCCAAAACAAUGACAAGAAGGGCAUCAAGCGGCUACUCAACAAUGGGACCUACACGGCCGCCUACCCCCUGCAUGAUUGCAGGUACUGGACCCAGUCUCGAGACCCUAACUGUGAAAACGAGAGGUACAGCCUCUACCGGUACUGGGGUCAGUUCUUCCGCUUCUACAAGGAGCAGCCGCUCAACCGCAUCCGCAAAUACUAUGGUGAGAAGAUUGGCAUCUACUUUGCAUGGCUGGGAUUCUACACAGAGAUGCUGUUCUAUGCUGCAGUUGUGGGACUGCUCUGCUUUAUCUACGGCGCCACCACUUACGACCAAAGUAUCUGGAGUAAAGAGAUUUGCAGUGAAAGCGUAGGGGGGAACAUUGUCAUGUGUCCUCUGUGUGAUAAGAAGUGUGGGUACUGGAAGCUCAACACCACCUGCAACUCCACCUGGCAAUCACACUUGUUUGACAACGUGGGGACGGUGUUCUUCGCCAUAUUCAUGGCCAUAUGGGUCACUCUGUUCCUGGAGCUGUGGAAGCGGCGGCAGGCGCGUCUGGAGUACGAGUGGGACCUGGUGGACUUCGAGGAGGAGCAGCAGCAGCUGCAGCUCAGGCCUGAGUACGAGAUGAAGUGCCGCAAACAACGCCCCAACCGCAUCACGCAGGAGAUGGAGUUGGUUCUGAAGCGCAGCCCUGCAGAUUUAGUGGGCAAGCUGUGCAUAUGCUGGGCCACAGUGAUGCUGUGGAUAGCGCUAAUCAUCGCCUCCAUCAUCGGGGUGAUUGCAUACCGGCUGGCUGUGUAUGCUGCGUUCGCCAGCGUCAUGAAGGACUCUCCCACCAACAAGAUCCAGCUGGUGGGAUCCAUUAUCACGCCGCAGCUGGCCACGUCAGUCACGGCCUCCUGCAUCAACUUUGUCAUCAUCAUGAUCCUCAACUUCCUCUACGAGAGAGUCGCCAUCUGGAUCACCGACAUGGAAAUCCCCAAGACUCACCUGGAGUACGAGAACAGGCUGACGGUCAAGAUGUUCCUCUUUCAGUUUGUCAACUACUACUCCUCCUGCUUCUACGUGGCCUUCUUCAAGGGCAAGUUUGUCGGUUACCCUGGCGACUACGAGUACAUGUUCAACAAAUUCAGCGGCCUGAGAAACGAGGAGUGUGACCCUGGCGGCUGUCUGAUCGAGCUGACCACCCAGCUGGUGAUCAUUAUGACGGGCAAGCAGGUGUGGGGGAACAUCCAAGAGGCCCUGGUGCCGUGGCUGAAGAACUGGUGGGUGAGCAAAAGCGCCCGUAAUCACCCUGAGAGUCUGUAUAGCCGCUGGGAGCAGGACCACGACCUGCAGCACUUCACCCAGCUAGGCCUCUUCUACGAGUACCUGGAGAUGGUGAUCCAGUUUGGCUUCAUCACCCUCUUCGUGGCCUCCUUCCCUCUGGCUCCUCUCCUGGCUCUGCUCAAUAACAUCCUGGAGGUGCGUGUGGACGCCUGGAAGAUGAUCACACAGUUCCGCCGGCCCAUCGCGGCCAAGGCCCACAGCAUCGGCGCCUGGCAGGAGAUCCUCCACAUGAUCGCAGUCUUCUCCGUCGUCACCAACGCGUUCAUCGUGGCCUUCACAUCCGACAUGAUCCCGCGUCUGGUCUACCUGUAUGCGUAUGGCCAAGAGCACACCAUGCAGGGCUACAUCAACAACAGCCUGUCCAUCUUCAACAUCAGCCAGAUCCCCAUGGAUAACCAGCCAGAGCCUGGAGAGAACCCCUCCUGGUUCAACAGUUCUGUCACCACUACCUGCAGGUACCGUGACUACCGCUAUCCCCCUGGCCAUGACGAUGAAUACAAACACACGAUGCAGUUCUGGCACAUCAUCGCCGCCAAGCUAGCAUUUAUCAUCAUCAUGGAGCAUGUGGCCUUCCUGGUGAAGUUCUUUGUGGCGUGGUUGAUUCCUGACGUGCCGUCUGACGUGAAGGCUCGUAUCCGGCGGGAACGUUACCUGAUUCAGGAGUACCUGCAGAAGUACGAGCUGGAGAAGCUCAAGGGGCAGAUAAGCCUCAACAACGGGGACUGCACCUGUCCUUCAGAAGUCAUCCCCACCUCCUGCACGCCUGUGCAAGCACGACUCUAGCCCUGGCAGCCCUGCUCACCCCCCCCCCCCC